GUGAAGAAAGCGAGCUGUCAAGGAAAAUGGGCGGUUCGUAUCGCGAGCAUGACCUCGGUCUCCUCCAUAGUUAGCCGAAUGAAAAGAGACGCACGCGUCUGAUCACGGUGAGAUGUUAAUUUACUCCCUUCGAAUCAGCAAAGUACAAGAAAAUAGAAGCCGAUGUGUGUUGAUUUGACAUUUAACAAGCCAUUGGGAUCAUGACACGCUCUUGAAUGUACAUUGCCAUUGGUUCAAUGUAACCUCACGCAGUAGCUUUGCUGAUGAACCGCAGCACGACGAGUUGAACAUUCGCUUCGUGGAAGGAGGACCACGCGGACGUCUUCCCUUUGCCUUCCACGGUGGUUUAAGAUGGGUGCCUAUGAGGAAGACACUCCCACUGCUUGACUAUUUAAGUCCUAGGUUCCCCAGACCACCAUUCACCAGCCAGCCCAACCACUGGCACGCAUUUUAUUCAUCCCCUUCAGUGUCUGAUUAGACACCGUCCUGAUCCACCCGGGCUGCGCCACCUACGGCUACCGUCCCCCCCCAUCCCCAUCACCAUUCCCAGCCUCUCACCCACUGAUAUCAUGGGGGACGUAGUACAGAUGCACUUCACCACGCCGGACUAUGUGAUCUUUGCCCUGCUGCUGGUGGCGUCCACGUGCAUCGGCCUGUUCUACGCCCUGUCCGGCGGGCGCCAGCGCACCACACAGGAGUUCUUAUUGGCCGACCGUUCUAUGAGCUGCCUGCCCGUGUCGCUGUCACUGCUCGCCACCUUCCAGUCAGCCGUGGCCAUCCUGGGAGCGCCCUCGGAGAUCUACACCUAUGGAACGCAGUACUGGUUCCUGGGAGUCUCCUACUUCCUCGGUCUGCUCAUCCCUGCCCACGUCUUCAUACCGGUCUUCUACAGGCUCCGCCUCACCAGCGCUUAUGAGUAUUUGGAGCUGCGCUUCAAUAAGACUGUGCGCAUUAUGGGGACCGUGACCUUUAUCUUUCAGAUGGUGAUCUAUAUGGGGGUGGUUCUCUAUGCCCCAGCACUCGCACUCAAUGCAGUGACUGGAUUUGACCUCUGGGGGGCAGUGCUGGCCAUGGGACUGGUGUGCACCCUGUACACAACAUUGGGAGGGCUAAAGGCAGUCAUCUGGACAGAUGUGUUCCAGACCAUUGUGAUGUUUGCUGGCCAGCUGGCGGUCAUCAUAGUGGGGGCCCACCAGGCAGGGGGCAUGGGAGAAGUUUGGCGGAAGGCCAUGAACGGCAGCCGCAUCGCUAGCUUGGAUCUGAACCCUGACCCGACGGAGAGGCACACUUUCUGGACGCUGGGGGUGGGCGGGGUAUUCCUCAUGCUGGCUCUGUACGGGGUCAACCAGGCCCAGGUUCAGAGGUACCUCAGCUCCCGCACUGAGAGGGAGGCCGUCAUGUCAUGCUACGUGGUGUUUCCCUGCCAGCAGGUGGUGUUGUGUCUAGGUUGUCUGAUGGGCCUGGUGAUGUAUGCUCGCUAUGGUGAGGAAAGCCCGCUUGAUAAGGGCUACGUCAAAACCAAUGACCAGAUGGUGCUGUACUUUGUGAUGGAUGUGUUCAGGGACCUGCCAGGCCUCCCAGGGCUGUUUGUAGCCUGCCUGUUCAGCGGAGCUCUCAGUACCAUCUCAUCAGCGUUUAACUCCCUAGCGACGGUAACCAUGGAGGACCUGAUCAAGCCUUACUGCCCGGCCAUGACAGAGGCCAAAGCUACGCUGCUCUCAAAGGGCCUGGCGUUGGCCUACGGUCUGGUAUGUCUGACCAUGGCCUACGUUGCAUCUCUCAUGGGCUCAGUGCUGCAGGCAGCAUUCAGUAUCUUUGGGAUGGUGGGUGGUCCUCUCCUCGGCCUCUUCUGUCUGGGAAUGUUCUUCCCCUGGGCUAACUCCACUGGUGCGAUUGUAGGGUUGGUGGCAGGCCUGGCUAUGGCGUUCUGGAUUGGCAUUGGUAAUUUUGUGUCUCGUAUGGCCGUGCCUACCCCUCUGCUCCCCAUCAUCAACGCCACCACUAUGCCCCUCCGCGGCAACAUGACUACCGCUGUCAUGACAACCCUGAUUACUUCAAUCACCGCUAAACCAAAGCCGACAGGUGUGCAGGCCCUGUACAAUCUGUCCUAUUUGUGGUACAGUGCUCAUAACUCUACCACUGUGGUGAUAGUGGGACUGAUAGUCAGCCUGUUGACCGGUCCUAUGAAGGAGAAAGACCUGACCCCAGGGACUGUGUACCCUGUCCUGGGGAACCUGCUCUUCUUCCUGCCUGAACGCUACAGGGAGAAGCUCUGCUGUGUCACUCCACUGUCACACAAGCCCAAAGCUAUCAACACGCAGCCGUACCAGAUGGCUCAGGAGAGCAACGGCGUUGCCCAACACAAAGAGGAGGAGAAAAUAGAGAAGGAUAAGAAGGACGAGGAGAGGGCCACCCCUCAGCCUUCCUGCCGACUGGCUCACACAGUGCAGGAGACGGCCUUGUAACAGACCCCCCUACACACAUGCCCCACCACUUCCACAACCCCCCUCAGCUCUCUCAACCCUUGGGGAGAGGACCCACGUGGGGCCAGAGAGGCAGCGGAGAUCCAGUGUGCCUGGACAUGACUUCCAUCAAGAACCACAGGGUCAAUGUGGAGAAACAGGGAGAUUCACCCCUGACCCUUCCUCCCUGGAAAAACUGAUACAACCACAAAUAUAUGGUGGUUUUUAAGAGUGCCAGAGUCCUCUGCUAUAAUGAAGAAUAGUGCACUUACAACUGGACCCCCCCAGCCACAAAUCGUGUGUGUCUUGAAAUCAUUGAUACGUCAUUAAGGAUGGCACUGGUCACAGUUUCCCUAAACUGAAGUAACUAGAAAUCACUACUUAUGAGCCUGGAGUUUUGAGAAGAGCCAAAAUGUCUGAAUUGAGGUGGAUUCCUGGAUGGAGAAAUGCUAGCGCAACACAAGUGGCAAUCAUGCGCCGUGCUGAGGAGAAGUCUCAUUGUUGUCCAGUUAGUAGAUCUAAGAGCCUGGACUGAACAAAAGGGCUGUGAUUGUCAUUCUGUUAUUUUGUUAAAUGAAUGAUUGAAAGAUUGUGGACAUACACAUGCACUAAGUUGUUCAAAUGACUGUGAAAAUGGACCCAAGUCUUUUGUUUCGGGUAGAGAGCAGGUAGCCUAGUAAUUAAGAGCAUUAGGCCAGUAACCGAAAGGUCCCUGGUUUUUAUCCCCGAGCCGACUAGGUAAAAAAUAGUUAUGUGUCCUUAAGUUAGGCACUUAUUGCUCUUGUAAGUCGCUUGGGAUAAGAGUCCGCUAAAUUACUAAAAUGUCAAAUUAGCAGGCGGAGAAGAGGUAAUUUAGAUUUAACUGUCAUUGCAUAUUAUUUUUAUAGAAAAGAUUAAGCCGGUACGUCAGAUGAACUAUAAGAAUUUUUAAAACCGUGUGGCUGUGGUCCGAGUUCUCUUGAAUGCUCUUCCCAACAGCUAAAGGUUUGAAGCUGCGCAUGUGCGUGAUUCUCUACUUUACGCACAGUCUGUACUACUCCUUCGGCUGCCCACGGUGCCCAGAGAACAGGCUACUCUCGUGAAAUGGUGCUUGUUUAAUAACGUUAGAUCAAAGCUGAAUCCAUGUCUGCAAGACCACAUAAUGAUAGUAUUCUACAUAACAGAGCCACAUAUAAUGGCAUAGUGGAACAUUAUGCUGUUGUAAGACAAACAACCUCAUUUCAGGACGAUUGUGCGACGGGUCGCAUUUUUCUCUCAAGUGGCCGACGCUCAACAACAUGCGCCACCAGGCAAAAUGUGUGCUUGAUUGAAACCCAACGCAAGCACGCUACAGCUUGUUAGCACCAUCUACUAAAUAAUUAGCUCACUACAUCGUUCAAAACAACACUGUAGAGAUGUAAAUGCAUAGCCCUAUUAAACAGAUCAAAUGGUUAGCAUGCAGAUGCUGCAUUUACGUUUUACCAAUAAAACUUCCAACAAUUACCAUUAAUGAUUGACUGUGAGAACUGUGAAGGGAGGUUGACCACAAUGUGUGCGUAAGGUUGAUUGUGAUCUUACAGACAUUGAUUCCACUUUAUUAAACCAGCACCGUUCGCCAGUGUAGCCUGUUCUCUGGGCAGCUGAAUGAGUAGAGCAUAGACUGUGUAAAGUACAGAAUCUCACACAUGCCCAGAAUCUUCAAACCUUUAGCUAUCGGAAAGAGCGUUCCAGAGAACUUGGCCUUUAAAAGAUAAUAAUAAUAAUAAUCCUUUAUGUCCCUGUAGACAGUUCCCAAAGCUCCUUGUGUCUGUUUGCUUUACAUGGCCUUAUUUGGCUUGCUAUAGUAACUUAAUAAAGAGGUAGAUAACCUUAAACACUCUUAACAUGCCAUACAGUUUUAUAUAUUGUAGGUGGAGCUCAAGACAUCACCUCAUUUGCCAUUAACUGGGAUCACAUUUUCAGGUCAUUGAGUCUGCACUACUACUUCAUCGAGAACCAGAUAACCUGGUUAGCUAGUGACAUUAAUGCAUGUAGAAUACCUUAUCCUCGCAGUCCAUUCACACUGUAGAUCCCAUAGUUACUUCAGGUGCCUCAUUAGUAGGCAGUGUGUGAAUGUAGUUUAAUUUUGAUUACUGAUCAGUGUGUAAUUAGGAUUGUGAUACAGUAUACUUAUACUGCAUAGUACAUGUAUAAUGAUUCUCCAUAUGUGUCUUCGAUGUUUGUUAGCUUUACAUGUAUGACCUGUGUCUCGUCCACCCCACUGCUCUAACAGAGCAUAUUUACAGUGAAGGGAACAGCUCUGGUUCAAACUGGAAAACUGCAGCCAUUUUGAUGGCUCAACAGAGUUCAGUACUCAGAAAUCUUAGGGUAGACUAAUAUAUGUGAUGUUCUUUGGUUGUAUCUUUGAAGGACUUGGUUUCCUUUUGGCACUUCACUGUUUCUUGAUGUUCAAUGUACCAGGGGAAAAAUUCCAAUAAUUUUAAAAUGAAAGAAGUACAAUGUUUUAUGGUGUGUUUUUGUACAUGGCCACUUUAUCUAAUUAUGUAAAUGUUUUUCCAGAACAGUAUCGGCGGUUGAUUUAACAUUGUUAUUAUGAAGACAUUUUUUUUUUUUUUUGGUCAUUCGAUGAAUAUGAAAGCAGAUGUUGAAUUUUAAUGAUUAUUUGUCAAAUGUUUCAUAUUCAUGUUUCAAGGUCCUAUUUGCAAUCUGAAGAAUUCUCAUGUCAUUCUCUGUUCAAAAUCUUCAUUUUGUACUCCUCCCAUCUACUGGAAUACCUAACCACACUACAGAAUUCAAGUCAGGGUAGUGUGGUAGUACUCUGUUGAGAUUAUCUGGUAUGUGGUGAGCUUGUGAUUCCAUAUGGCCUGUUUGUCCUUCAAACAGGGACUCUACUUGUGUGUGUUUGUCUCUCUGUGGUUGUUUCUGUAGUUGGGGACUCGAGUGACAUGCCUGUCCAUCUGUCUUACUGUGGUUUGGGUUGGGAUAACUUUUGAUUGACUACAUAGUGACUCAUUUAGCCCAUACCAAUCUGCUUUACUUGUUUCCAAAGAGUUUUUACAUAAAAAUUCUGUAGAGCCAUUUUCUACCUGCCUUUUUACCCCGUCUACCUUUCAUGGGGAAUAAAGAAACUCUGGCUAUGGAUGGGCAGAUAGAUAGAUAUAUAUAUUUGUAUUUAUUUAUUGUGGGGCUAAUGUUGUGGCACUACUGACUGAAUGCCAUGCUAUUAGGCUUCUGACACCAUUGUUAUCAAUGACAUACAGGCAAAUUUUGCAUUGGAUCCUAUGGCUACAGUCCGAUACGAGCAAGGAAUGUUGUUCAUUCAUCCCCACUGAAAAAAUACCUCUUCUCGUUCAAAGCAUAUAGAAAAUGAUGUCAUCGCUUUGUUUUGAUAGUUUAUUACAAAAAGAGAGAAUACAUAUAUCUAUAUUUCCAUUGACUUCAUUACUAUUUGUUGCAAAUGGAACUAUGUUGUGGAACUUUUGAGUGGCGGCAGGUAGCCUGGCGGGUUGGAGCGUUGGGCAAGUACCCCGAAAGGUAGCUGGAUCGACUCUCUGAGCCGACAAGGUAAAAAUCUUUCGCUCUGCCCCUAAGCAAGGCAGUUAACCCACUGUUCCUUGGGUGCCGAUGACUCUGAUUUAGAGGGGUUGGGUUAAAUGCGGAAGACACAUUUCAGUCGAAUACAUUGUACAACUGAUGAGGUUUCCCCAUUUCUAUGUGCAAGUACCAUUAAAAUGUUUUGUGAAUGGAGGGCAGAAGUGGUGAAGUAGUUAUUGUUAUACUAUUUCUGUGUUUGCACAACAAAGCAACUUCAAACUAGGGUUUUCUGUAUGUUUGUACGUAAUGAAGUUAGGGCUAUCCCUUCUUGUUGUAACAUUCACAAAUAUUUCUAUCGUUCUUAGAGGGGUUUUUUUGUCCUUUUUUAAUUGGCAUCCUGUGACUGACAAAGUUGAUAUUUUGUUGAUAAAGUUGAUUUGAUAGUCUGUGAUAAGAUAUGACUGAAUUGAUUCCUUCUUCAUCAUGCAGAUAAACUCUUCCAAGUCAUUUCUGGUAACGCUAAACUUUAAAUGAAGUGAAGACCACCCCUUUCCAGCACAUGUUUUGGAUGAAUUUACAGUCUGCAGUGCUGAGAUACGGUUAUUCAAGAUGUCAAUUUACCCAAUGUGAGUUUAGGACUGUGUUUUAGUAAUACUGACAUCUACUCAGAGCACAAUCGAGACCUAUUCUGUGAUCUUGUUUUGAAGUUGACAGGGCCAACUAUCUAGAAAAGAUGAGUUGUAAAGUGACACGUGAAUAUGAAGGGCAAAACGGUUGUAUUGAGUUUGCUUGCACCAGCUAAAUCAUAGAUUGGACUAAGACAAUUUACAGCCUGAACCGUAAAGUAGAAGAUCUGUAAACCAUUGCGUCCUAAAAAUGAUCAAUCCUGAAUAGCUUCUAUCCAUACCAAUUUACUAUGAGAUGUGUUUAGUUUAGAGUACAUUUAAAAUGCACUUGGCCGUGAGAGAGAAGCAUGGCACUUGGUCAUUUCAAAAGAUAAUAAAUAUUCUGACUCAAUAUUUAUUAUUAAUAUUUGUUCUCCAAUUUGUAUGAAUUCUUCCUAGUAUGCAUUCCCAAAAACCAUAAGCAGUGGCGUUUGGUCAACUACACUGCUUUGGCUGUGCCUUCAUAUGAUCUCUAUCAUGAUUAUUUUGUCAUAUUGUUGGAUGUCAUGGAAGUUGAUUAGCUCGUACUAGGAGCACACUACAAAGGGGCAGCUGUGAUAGGGUGGAGUUGAACUCUCAUUUACCAAGCAGAAUGAGAUCUGUGUCCUGUUCAUUAUGUCAAUGGGAGCCAAUGUUUUGAAAAAUAACUGAAUCGAGCUUCCCUUUUGGAAAAGCUCAAGUGGUACCUUUUCAGUUUGCAAACAUUUUCUGUUUUGGACAUUACUGAACACUCCCUAGGUCUGUGAGCGAAGUCUUCAGUAGUGGCUGUAUCUGUGUCUGACCACCCUGGUGGACAUGAUUUCUCAAGGUCAAAUGUUUGUAAGUGAAUGAAUUUUGGUAACAUAAUUGUUGUUGCUCUGUUUUUUUAAAAUAAAAUGUUGGAUUGGA